CGUCUGCCGGCCAUUAAAGGCUCUACGUGGCUCUGCCGCCCGUUCUGUCGAGUUGUGACCUGUACCAACCUCGGAAGUCGAAAGAAGGAUGCCGGGGACCCCAGGAAACCUAGAAAUGCCUCUCAGCUGCACUUGGCCUUCCCCUCUGAAGGGACAUGAUGCACCUUUACUGGGUUAUCCUCAUGGAUCUUCAACAGCUGUGCCCUCCCACACAGUUAUUGCAGCAGGAUCUGACCUGCGUCCUGGUUUCUCCAAGAACACAGGUCUUCACAAUAAUGUGUAAAGCUCCUAUAAGCAUUCAUGUGCAAGGAUUUUUUGUGAACAUCUGUUUUCAACUCAUUUGGGACUCAGUGGACAUUGAGGAUGUGGCUGUGAACUUCACCCCAGAGGAGUGGGCUUUACUGGAUCCUUCACAGAAGAAACUCUACAAAGAUGUGAUGUGGGAAACCUUCUGGAACCUGGUCUCAAUAGGAAAAAUAUGGGAAGAUCAUGAUAUUGAAGAUCAGUACAAAAACCAGGAGAGAAAAGAGAGUGGUCAUAUGGUAGGGAAACUCUGUGAAAGUGAAGAGGGUAGUCAUUGUGGAGAAAAAUUCAGCCUUAUUCCAAAUCUCAGUCUGAACACGGAAACUACAGAAGCUAAACCAUGUGAAUGCAGUGCAUGUGGAAAAGUCUUCAUGUAUCAUUCAUCCCUUAAAAUGCACAUGUGUCACACUGAACACAAACCAUAUGACUGUCAAAAAUAUGGAGAGAAGCCAUAUAAAUGUAAGGAAUGUGGGAAAGCCUUCACUCUUCCCAGUGUUCUUCGAAAACAUGCAAGAACUCAUAGUGGAGAGAAACCUUAUGAAUGUAAAAAAUGCAGUAAAGCAUUCACUUCUUCCAGUUACCUUCAAAUACAUGAAAGAAUUCACACUGGAGAGAAACCCUAUGAAUGUAAAAAAUGCAGUAAAGCAUUCACUUUUUCCAGUUCUCUUCAAUUACAUGAUAGAAUUCAUACUGGAGAGAAACCCUAUGAAUGUAAAAAAUGUACUAAAGUGUUCACUAUUUCCAGUUCUCUUCGACGACAUGAAAGAAAUCACACUGGAGAGAAACCUUAUAAAUGUAAAAAAUGCAGUAAAGCAUUCAGUUCUUCCAGUUCUCUUCAUAUACAUGGUAGAAUUCAUACUGGAGAGAAACCCUAUGAAUGUAAAAAAUGCACUAAAGUGUUCACUCUUUCCAGUUCUCUUCGAAGACAUGAAAGAAAUCACACUGGAGAGAAACCCUAUGAAUGUAAAAAAUGCACUAAAGCAUUCACUUCUUCAAGUUCUCUUCAAUUACAUGAAAGAAUUCAUACUGGGGAGAAACCCUAUUCAUGUAAAAAAUGCAGUAAAGCAUUCACUUCUUCCAGUUCUCUUCGAAGACAUGAAAGAAUUCAUACUGGAGAGAAACCCUAUAAAUGUAAGGAAUGCAGUAAAGCCUUCACUUCUCUCAGAUCACUUCAAAGACAUGAAAGAAGUCGCACAGGAGAGAAACUCUAUAAAUGUCAGGAAAAUGAGAAAGCAUUUAUUUCUCAUGCAAACUUUUGAGGAUAUGCAAGAAUUUACACUAGAUGAAAAACGAUGUAAACAUAAUGAAUGUGGGGAAAGCCUUUGUCAUCCCAGUUCUUUUUGAAGGCAUGAAAAGACUCACUGGAUAAAAACCUCUUGAAUGUAAACAGCAUGGGAAAGACUUCAAUUGGCCUAUGUCCUUCUAUGUGAAACUCCUACCAGAAAGAAAUAGAAAUCUAAGCAAUAUGAGAAAACAAUGGAAAUUAAUUUGUAUAUAAUGUUCUAGAAAACUUUCAAUGUGAAAGAAUUGUUAUAAAAGUUGUAAAUAUAUUGUUUACCAAGGCUCUUAAAGUGCAACAUUGCAUUGUGGCUUUUCUAUUAAUUAAUAACAUUCAGAAAUGAAUACUGAGGUGAGAUAAUUCUGCAUGUCAUCCUUCUUUAAUAGUACGUAAGAGUAAUAGGUAGUGCUUUUUCCUUAAAUCAGUUAAUAUUUUCUUUAAUUAUUUUUUUUUAAUAUUUUAAUUAUUCUGUUAACAGGCCAUUAAAAAAUGACAGUUUGUACUUGUUGGGAUUUUCUUACUGGCCUUGUAUUGUAUUUCCUGAAUAUGCCUUAUCCAUUGUACAUUUUGAAACUUUCUUAGAGAAGGCUCCUUUUUUGGGAUGGUGGGUAUAGGAGCCUGUUUUUAUUUUCCAUACUGUUGAACAAUUGGAAUAAAUUUUUAUGUAUGGCAAGUUUGUCAAAGAGUAUACUUUGCUGUGAAUUCUUAUUUUCAUAUUUGGACCUUUGCUCCAUGUCCUUCCUUCUGACUGGUAUUUGGUGAAUAGACAUUGAAUUCAGUAGAGGCCUGUGAUAGAGCAACAAAAUCUAGAACCGGACAUACCCUGUAUUGUGUUAUUUCAAUGGGGGUAAUGUUAAGAACUAGAUCUUUAGAAUCCGUCUCCUUUAUGGUUCCGUGUUGGAAUUCACCAAUAGCCUCACUUGCAUGAGAUUUGGAAGGCAGAAGCAAAGGAGGCAUUAGGCAGAUUUUGGAGCCACCAUACAGGGAAAGAUAUAGUUAUAUAGGAGCUUUGAGGACACCAUCCUCAAUCCCAUGUUGUGAGUUCUUUGCCCUUCUAUUCAAGAGUAUCUUGAAAACCACCACCAACUGUUUGAACUUCCAUUUUCUUAGAGGUGUAUUUUCCACUAAUAUUUUCACAAGUUUCACAUCAAAGAUCCAUUAGAGUUAGGAUUUUUCUGUAAGGCCUCCUGUGUCCACCAGGAAACGAAUUCAGACUUUCACGAUUGGGAGUAUUUUCUGAUUCUCCUCUUCUCUAAAUGGUACCUGAAUAAUGUCUAAUGUGUGUAGGAAACACCUUAUGCUAUUAAUAGUGCUAGUGAGCAUGUUUUCCUGAUUGACCAGGACAUCUACAAUGGGGCAUAAAAAGCAGGACUUGGGAGUUUGUUUCUCUGCUGCAUUGUGCAGUGGCUGCCUUGACCCAGUUCUUCCACGUGAGAACAAUCCCCUUUCUCAUGUCAGGAAGACUGAGUGAGUUUCCUGUUACUUGUAGCUGAAUGUAUUCCCUCAAUAUGUUUUCUGUAAUGUUUGAUUGUAUGUCAUUAAAACUAUGUGUAUUUCCUUGUGAAAUGAACACCUCCAUAGUUGUUUCAUUGAUAUAUUUUAUCAACUUGUCUAAUCGCUAUAUUUUAUCAACUGUUUUCUAAGCCAUCUUAUGCUAAUCAAUAUUAUUGUGGUUUUUAUUUCCUCAGAAUAUUUUAAAAUUCAUUUUAAUUAUGGAUUUUCAGAUAUACUUUGCAAUUUUCUUUAUUUAAUCAUUAAACAUUAUGAGUCAAUUUUGUCACGUACAUACAAAUUCAUGUGUU